UACGUGCGAAGCGAAUAUAAAGUCCGGUGCAGACUAAGUUCCCCCUUCCAACGCUCUUGCCCCCACAGAGUGUCCAUUCAAAAUGGCUGACAAAGUCACCGACGAGAAGGUUCGCAAUUCCGAAAUCGCAUCCUCUGUCGAGCAUGAACUAGAUGGCAUCCAUGAUGGCCUCGAGUUCCCCACCGAGGAAGAGAUCGCAACCUUGCGACGGGUAUCUGACAAGCUGCCAUGGAACGCAUAUUUGAUCGCCACUGUCGAGUUGGCUGAGCGAUUCUCGUUUUAUGGUUGCAGUGUCGUAUUCACAAACUUCAUUCAACAACCUCUACCUCCAGGCUCGCGCUUUGGUAACGGAGGUGCGGAUGGUCAGUCUGGCGCUCUUGGCAAAGGCCAGAACGCUUCCACCGGUCUUACUACUUUCUAUCAGUUCUGGUGCUACUGUACUCCUCUUCUCGGAGCCUACAUUGCGGACGCUCAUUUGGGACGGUACAAUACCAUUUGUAUCGGUGUGGCUAUCGCUUUUAUUGGACAUGUCAUCCUUAUCGUUUCCGCUGUACCGGGUGUCAUUGAAAAAUCGGAGAGCGCAAUGGCCUGUCUCACUAUCGCUAUGAUUGUCAUGGGCUUGGGUACCGGUUUCUUCAAGUCCAACAUUUCUCCUCUGGUUGCAGAACAAUAUCGUCGUACCAAGCUCUUUAUCAGCACCACGAAGAGCGGAGAACGUGUGAUCGUGGAUCCCGUUAUGACGGUGUCUAGUGUCUAUAUGUACUUCUAUCUGUUCAUCAAUAUCGGCGCGUUGGUCGGUCAAAUCUGUAUGGCUUACGCCGAAAAGUACGUCGGAUUCUACCUAGCUUAUACGCUUCCCACCGCUGUAUUUUUGUUGUGUCCGCUGAUCCUCUGGGUCGGGCGCAACCGGUACAUCCGCUCUCCUCCCACCGGAUCCGUCUUCGCGACUGUCAUGCACCUUUGGUUCUAUGCCAUGAAGGGCCGUUGGAGCUUGAACCCUGUCAGGACCUACAAGAAUAUGACGUCUGCAGACUUCUGGGAGAAUGCCAAACCGAGCAAACAUGUUGCUUCGAAGCCACACUGGAUGAAUUUUGAUGACCAGUGGGUGGACGAGGUUAGACGUGGGUUCAAGGCUUGUGCUGUAUUCCUUUGGUUCCCGGUCUAUUGGCUCUGUUACAACCAGAUUAACAACAAUUUGACAUCGCAAGCGGCUACUAUGACCACACACGGAGUACCUAAUGAUGUGUUAUCUAAUUUGGACCCCAUCGCCCUCAUCAUCUUUAUUCCCAUAAGCGAGAUGUUUAUAUAUCCUGCUCUCAAGCGUGCCGGAAUUAACUUUACUGCCUUGAAGAAAAUUACCGGCGGGUUCUUCACUGCUGCUACUGCGAUGAUUUGGGCCGUGGUCGUUCAGCAUUACAUUUACAAGACCAACCCUUGCCAUUAUUCCGCGUCUACAUGUGAGGAUGCAGAUGGCAACGCUCUCGUGUCGCCCCUAAAUGUUUGGAUCCAAACUGGCUCUUACGUUCUGAUCGCCUUCAGUGAAAUUCUCGCCUCUAUUACCGGCCUUGAAUAUGCUUUCACCAAGUCCCCCAAGAAUAUGCGUUCUCUGGUGAUGAGUAUCUUUUUAUUCAUGUCAGCAAUCGCCUACGCACUUAGCGAAGCCUUCGUUGCUUUGGCUGCUGAUCCUUUGCUCGAGUGGAACUACGGUGUAUUUGCUGUCAUGUCCGGUAUCGCUGGCCUUCUGUUCUGGCUCAGUGUCCGGAAAUUGGAUAGUGAAGAAGACGAACUCAACAACAUGGAUGAAGGCCACAUCACGAUGAUGAGCGAGGAUCACAUCACCAAUGAAAAACCCUAGAUAAUACGAUUAUUUUCUAGAUGUUCCUGUAUUUCAACAGGACAUUAUCAUGGGUUGU